AUGGAGUCCUUUCUCAUCAGGAAGAAGCGCAAGCUGAGUUCGGCUGUGGAAAAGGAGGCAGAUGACGACGAACCGACGGAGGUGAAACUGGCAAUUCUCUCAUCGCUUCACCCAGCAUUUGAGCAAGAAGUGCUAUUGGACGUCCUCCUGGCGCACAAUGGCUCUGUCGCAGAAUCACUCGAAGCUCUGCAGGCGCCAACCCUCGCUAAGAAAUCGAGUGGGAGUAUAGGCGCCCAGAGCUCUCUCUGGCAUUUCGCCGUGAAGUCGGAAGACGGCAACGGAGGUACCAGUUCGCCGGCCAAGAAGAAACUCAUGUCUAAGAAAGGAGCCACGCUUCACCUGUACGACCCGGCAGACAUCGCCGAGCAUACACCCUGCACUGUCAUCCAUAACUUCCUCCCGCCGGAGGAGGCCAACGACCUCCUGCGCGAACUCAUGAUGGAGGCCGAGUCUUUUGAGAAGAACGUGACAUUCAAGCUCUUUGACAACGUCGUGGCCAGCCCGCACACGUCCAGCUUUUAUGUCGAGAGCUACGAUGAGAUCCAGAGGCAAAAGACAGACUACCUCUACAACGGCGCCAAGCUCAGCGAUGUCCGCCGCAUCACGCCGCAGCUCAUCAAGGUCAAGCCCAGAGUUGCCGAGGCCGUGAACCGGGAAAUUCAGACAAGGAUCACGACUUGCUACCCCGGAGGAAAGAAACUACGGUUCCAGUCCCCAAAACUGUGGGCUCCCAACUCAGCUUUUGUCAACUGCUACGACGGGCCACAGGAGAACGUCGGGUGGCACAGCGACCAGCUGACCUACCUUGGCCCCCGCGCCGUCAUUGGGUCGAUAUCGCUGGGCGUCGCACGAGAAUUCCGCGUACGACGGAUCGUUCCCAAGGACGGGGACGGCGGCGGCGGCAGCAGCAACUCGGCCGAAGACGCCGACGCCGAGGGCCAGAUCUCGAUUCACCUGCCGCACAACUCGCUGCUCGUGAUGCAUGCUGAGAUGCAGGAGGAGUGGAAGCAUAGCAUCGCGCCGGCGCAGUCGAUCGACCCGCACCCUGUGGCUGGCAACAAACGCAUCAACAUCACCUACCGCGACUAUAGGGCUGAGAUGCACCCCCGCCACACGCCAAAGUGCGAUUGUGGGAUUCCAUGCGUGCUGAGGGUUGUGCAGCGGAAGAAGGACAAUCACGGGAAGUACUUUUGGAUGUGCCAUGGCGGCAACGUGCCCGGCAAGGACAGCUGCACGUUCUUUCAGUGGGGGCGGUUCGACGAUGAUGGCAUUCCUAUUUGGACUCAUACGAAUCGAAAACUCAAAGCUUGA